CUACAAUCAAGUUGGGAGAUGGCAGCUACAUCAAUAGAAAUUUAUUAUCGAGAGAUUUUUUAAAUUUAUUAUUCAACGACGAAUCUAAAGUAUUCUACGGUACAACUUUCUUUGAUCUCUAUCUAAGAGAUGUGAUAUCUUCAACGAAAUGCACAAAGUCUACGAGAGAUAAGUUAAUAGCCGAUAAAGAAUACGCUAAGGAGCUAACAAAGCUCUUGUUUCUCAUUAAUGUCAAUCGUAUCAAUACAACUUUGGGUUUCUAUCACGAAAUGAAAACAGCUCUGAGAGUAUACAACUCUAUACCUUCCAUGAGGAAUUACAACCAUCAAUUCGGAGAUAGUCCUAGAUUGAAGACUCUUUUAAAAUCUAUUGAUUACAAGUCAAACGUGAGCAAUCUCGUCGAUCUACAACUCAACAAGCAGAAUGACGGCAAUCCACCAACUAGUCUCGUCAAUUUCUUAUUCAUUCUCAUGCAAUCAGCUGAAGUAGUUAACAGGAAUAACCUCCCUAGUGGUAUCGCCUUACAUGACCUCAUUUGGCCUUCGAACAUCCCCUCUAAACAGAAAGCACAAGCAUUUUUAUGGUUAGUUUACAAUUAUUACGUAAAAAAUUCGGACGAUUUCACUCCAUCAAAUCCCUUUAAUGAUGAAUUCAGUCUGAAUAACCCAGGCAAAUCACCUACUCUAGAGAGAGUACCUGAAGCUCAACUCUCAAAUGAGAAUGUAGACACACCAGAAGAAAUAGAAUGGGGUUUGUAUAUGCAAAAACAGCGGCAAAUAUUCCUUUCUCAACUCAAUGAAUCACAAGGAGACAAUAGUGAUAUUGAAGAUGUUGAUACCAAUGUGAACAAGAAAAAUUUGUUCACAACAACCGUGAUUGAGAACCUAUCAAAACCUUAUGACAACUACAAUAAAGACUCAGAGAGUUAUGAAGACAUACAACAAAAGCUUAAAAUCCUUGAAUGGAUUGGUGGUAAACAAAUGUAAAAAUAUAAUGUGAAAAUAUAAAGAAUACAAAGAAUUGGACAGUUUUAUUAACAUUAACGCUGAAUAUAUUCAUUACUUUGUCUAUCUCCUCCGAUUGAAGCAGUUGUAUGCAUUUGCAUUUGCAUUUGCACUUGCUGUUGUUGUUGCUUCUGAUGAUAUGAUGGAAAAUAAGAAGAAGAACUAUCGUAAUAAUAAUUUGGUAUUGGUAUUGGUGGACUGUGUAAUGCUAAUGAUUGGAAUGUAUUCAUAACUGGUGAAAAAGUAUUAGGCGUAGCGGGUAUAACUGGCGAAGAGGAACUAGUUGACCAAUUUGUCAUCCAAUCAGAUGCUGAACUCGUAUUACGUGGUCUACCUGAUUGUAUCUCUCCAGAAUGUUGAUUCAUGUCUUCAAAUUCAGUUUGAUAACAAUGCUGUGGACUGAAACCAUAUGGUGAGACGUAGGCGCUAGUAGCAGGAUUAUAAGUUGAAACUGUAGAUCGCCUCUUUGAAACUAAUUCCCUAUUUGUGGUUAAACUAUCCAUUAGAUUAUUCAAAGAUUUUCUCUUUAUUUGAUGAGACCCUAUCGAGUUCUCCACAUAAUCUCCUAAAUUGGUCUCGAACAAAGGGUAUAACUGUUGUUCGAUAUUGAACUGUCUAGCUAAUAUUAUAGCCCUUUCAAAUGGUAUCCAGACGCCUUUCAAAGUUAUUGUACCUGUCUUAACGACUUGCCUUGAUUUCUCGUUUUUUAGUAUACCAUCUCUUUUACCUCUUGUGAUUUUAGUGAUAUUAAGAAGUUUGGUUCCAUUUAUCUGAUCAUUGUCUUGACGUCUGGCAACGUAAUUACCAUUAUCAACUUCCACUUGCCAAACUCUUGUCUUAUUUUCUUCCCACCAGAGUUCUUGGACUUUGUUUGUCAUUAAUUGUUAUUACACUUGAUGGUAUGUCUGAGAGAUUAAAUUAACG